GGGGAAGUGAGCUGGGGCUGGAGCGAUGGCCCGGGUGUGGAGCCUGCGGCCGCCGCCGCCGCCACCGCCAGCGCGUCCUGAGCAGCCGCGGCCGGAGCAGGGGGUGCGGCUGGACUGGCCGCGGCGCGUGUGAGUUGCGGAAGUCUACGGUGGCGGAGCACCCCACACUCGGAGCACUUCAGGCUGGCCGAGCGGUGGUCGCCCCUCAUCACCGCGCCCCCCGAGGCCCCGACAGCAGGGCUUGGUUUUCCCCAGGGUCCGGCUCUUCUCUCGCCGGUCUUUCAAACUCAGGACAGAAGCCACAGAAAGGUAAUAGUUGUUCCAGGAAUUUAUUCGUUUGGAUCACCGGUUCCUUGGCCAUCUCUAUGUAACUUACCCUCAUCCGAGUCCAGUUUCCUCUGGGCUCCAUUCUCCACCCCCAGUAGAUCUGGUCAGUCCCACCUCUGGGUGGGAGUGACCAGGGGGCUCUGGCCCAGGAUUUCCAACCCUGGAAGGCAGUUCCAAGGCAGCGAGAGAGCUGGGCGUCGGGUACGAACCUGGCAGCUCAGGAGUGGGUGCUCCACUCACCCCCCACAAAAAGAUGAAAACACGCAAAGAGCUUAAUGCGUUGAUCGGCCUGGCUGGUGACAGUCGGAGAAAGAAGCCCAAGAAAGGCCCAAGCAGCCACCGCCUGCUUCGCACUGAACCUCCUGACUCAGACUCAGAGUCCAGCUCAGAGGAAGAAGAGGAAUUUGGAGCAAUUGGAAAUCGCUCUCGUUUUGUCAAGGGAGACUACUUACGAUGCUGCAAGAUCUGUUAUCCCCUCUGUGCUUUCGUCAUCCUCGCUGCCUGUGUUGUGGCCUGCGUUGGCUUGGUGUGGAUGCAAGUGGCCCUCAAGGAGGAUCUGGAUGCCCUCAAGGAAAAAUUUAGAACAAUGGAAUCUAAUCAGAAAAGCUCAUUCCAGGAAAUCCCCAAACUUAAUGAGGAACUUCUCAGCAAACAAAAGCAACUUGAGAAGAUUGAAUCUGGGGAGCUGGGCUUGAGCAGAGUCUGGAUCAACAUCACAGAAAUGAAUAAGCAGAUUUCUCUGUUGAGUUCUGCAGUAAGUCACCUGAAAGCCAAUGUCAAGUCGGCUGCAGACUUACUUGGCCUGCCUAGCACUGUGGAGGGACUUCAGAAGAGUGUAGCUUCCAUUGGCAAUACUUUAAACAGUGUCCAUCUAGCUGUGGAGGCAAUACAGAAAACUGUGGAUGAACAUAAGAAAACCUUGGAAUUACUGCAGAGCGAUAUGGGGACUGAUGGAAGCAACAAAAUAAUGACAUCACCCUCAGUGACGUCAGAGCUUGAUAAUAAAACCAAUAGUGAAAGUUCAAAACAGGAUAUCCUGUACCUUCACAACUCCUUAGAGGAGGUCAACAGUACUGUAGUGGGAUACCAGAGACAGAGUGACUUUAAAUUUGAGGGGAUGAACGAGACACUCAGUAACCUGACACAGAGACUCAGCCUGAUAGAAAGUGAUGUGGCUACACUGAACAAGGCAGACAAAAGAGCAAACCUGACCUCCAGCACGAAAGAAGAUAAUUCAAUUUCUCAGGUAUCGAAGCUUCGAGAAAAACUGCAGCUGAUCAGUGCUCUCACAAACAAACCUGAAAGCAACAGGCCUCCAGAGACCGCAGAGGAAGAGCAAGUACAGAACUUCACAUCAGAACCAUCAACAUUGCCAAAAUUUUCACACUUUCUUGAAAACCAAAUGGAGACCCAGCUAAAGCCUAUCUCCCUGCCAGGGAUUUCUAGCAUCAAAGAUCUUCAGGAUUUAUUCCACAAGGCUGGUCAAGAUAUGGAUGGGAUGCUGACCUACCAGGAAAUCUGGAAUUCCCUAGGUUCUGCCAUGCCAAGAGCAGAGAGCUUGAGAGCCUUUGAUUCCAAUGGAGAUGGGAGAUACUCCUUCCGAGAGCUAAGAGUAGCAUUAGGUAUCUAGUAUUGUCAAGCAUAUUUUGAAGUGGAUGUGUACCCUGGACUACCUAAAAUCUACUUACCUUAAAAAAAAAAAAACCAACUUUUGACUUAACCCAUCAAUUCUCCAGCCCUUCACACAACUGUAGCAGACUUAUUGCCACCUUUUAACACUUGUUUGAAAAUGCUAUCCAAAAAAUUAUUUUUUUAAAAAAAUUACUUAUAAUAUGAUAUUGUUUGGAAAUCUAUGAUUUCCCAAAGCCAGUAAGAUCUUGUAACUUAAAAGUUGCCAGGAGAAAAAUAAUAAAGCCCUCUAUCUCUUUCCUGUUUUGAGGGGAAGAGAACUUAUCUUUUGAAGCUGGAAAAUAUGUAUAUAGAGAUAAUAAGUCACUGUUUAAAUUUCAUAUGAAUUUGCCUUAAAUUAGCUGCACUUUAUAGAGCCUCAGAAUAUGUCUUUCUUUGAAAUAUGAGUCUUUUCUGUUUGUAAAUAUAUAAAAUGAACAAUUGUGCAUAUUGUGUAGAAAGUCAGGAGAGUGGCUUUGAACAGGAUGAACCAGUGACUUGUGAGUAGUUGACAGACUGCUCUGGGUGGCAGCUGGAACUGUCAGCAUCUCUUUAAGGCAACCCUUAAAGCCAUGGGGUUUGUUUGCCUGGGAUCUGGGGCAUCAGGUCAGGAAGUGGAUGCUGUGCAGAGGGUCCAACUCCAGGCUCAGGAAAGUCAGAUUCAGGGUCAUUGCUCCAAAUCCUAACAUUAAAAACCAGAGAAGUCUCAUUGUGAUUUCCCUCAUUUUUAAUUAUCUUUCAAGGUUUGAGCAUUAAAGUUAUUCAGUGGGGAAUUAUGUUUUCCCUUCAAGCAAACUAGAUUGUCUUUUCUACCCACCCACUGGAGACUACCUUAAAGUCAUGACUGCCUACCUUGGCACCAUCUCCAGUCUGGAAUGAGAAGGCUCAUGUCCUUGGUCACUGUGUCAAAUUAGUUGUCCAGAGCAUUAGAGAAAAGCUCUGAGUUUUGACUCUUUGGGAUUUUUACCUCUGGACUAACCAAGAACUUGUUUAAUUUCUUGGCAGAAGGCUGAAGCCAAAAUGUGGUCAAAUGAAAGGUGAAAUCAUACUCUUUCCACACAAUUGUCCACUCAGAAGUAGCUAUAGGUUUUCUGUCCAGAGGAUGCCACAGUGAGCAGGCAGGGGCCUUCCAGUGAUGGUGGCAGUUUUUCUAGACCUAAAAAGUAAGUACAGUGCUUCCCCCUUUAUGUACUUUGUAGGCAAGCCAUGAAAGGCUAGAAGGAGAUCACCAAUGUCACUGCAUGUUGAGAACACUUCCAGUAUUGUUCUUAGGCGUCUCUGGGCAACAUGAGCGGAAGACCACACAGAACCUCACUUCACCAAGCCAGUCAGGGAAACACUGGAGAAGCUUCUUUAGUGCAGAUCAUUCCUGUUUAAUUUUGUUCAAGUUGCCCUGUCAGCUGUGGAUAGUCUAGUACCCUUAAACCUUUAAAGAUGUUUGGGUUUUGAUUUGUUUUGUUUUUGUGUUUUAUUUCCUUUAUAUGACAUUCAGCUUGGUGUUAGCUUUUUUUUUCUAGACAUAUUAAAACUCAGUGAAGGCAAGCUAAAGUUCUCCUGUGCGUGUGUCUUAUCUCAUGGUUCUCCCUCUGUAAGUUUUUUGCCUUAACGUUUGCCUUGCCCACUUCCUUGGAAAGGUUGAAAACACACUUCAACAUUAUUCUGGCACUUUAGGUAACUUGAAGAUAACUCUUGUUCUUCUGGCUGCCUUCCGUAUUCCCCCUCUUUUUAAUAUAUAGAUAUAUACCCAUACAGAUUUUGUAACAACCAAAUAAAGUUCUAGCAAUAAAUUGAAUUAUUCUGCUAUAUUUGUAUAUAUUGUACCAUAAAUAGUAUGUCUGUACCGGGAAGGUAUUUUUUCUUUUUUGAGAACUGAUUUAUAUGAAAUAUACUGAGGGUAAUGUAGCUUGUCCUUUUUAGUUUCAAGUUUUUAUUUGUAGGCAGGUACUUUCAUGACACCUUAACUCUUUGUGGUAUAUGCUUUUCAUUGGGGAAGCAGGGUUUAUUUCUUGGUCUUUCUUCUGUUCUUUCCCCUUCAAGCUUGUCUGCCAGCAUCCCCCCCCCAGCCAUGUAUUGUCCCCUCCCCUACCAAGUUGAUCACAGGUAUCCAUAAGUGUCCUCUGACCUAUGACCCUCUUCUCAUCCUGCCUGAGGCAUUACCAGACCUCCUGGGCAGAGGUAGGUAUCUUAGCCUCCUUUGCUAAAAAUGACAGACUGACUGGCUGAGAAGCCACAAAAGCCUGUGGCUCAGUGCAGAUUGGAAUUUUCAUUUGUACAUUGUCUUAACUUGUACAUCCAGUGCCUUGUGUUAGUCAGGCUUCACCAGCCACAGACCACCUGUGAGAAGAAUUGGAUGCUGGUGGGGAGCUUGGCUUUGGGUUUAAAUCCUUUGGCCUUGUCAGUCAGCAGCUCUCGAGUGCUUCCCACCUUAGUUUCUUAAAGCAUUGCUCCCUGGCCCUUUGCUUAAAUGCUGUGUACCAUAUAGCAUAGUAUAUACUGAAUAACCUUCCUCAAGCUAGUCAUGGUAGUAGUACAUACCUACAAUCCAGCUCUUGAGAGGCUGAUGCAGGAAAAUAAUGAGUUCUAGUCCGGGCUACAUAGUGAAAUCUUGUCUCAGAAAAAGUACCUAGCUUAAAGAUGACUUCAGUGGCAGUUAAGGAUCAGAACAAUGCUCGCACUAAAGAAUGAGUCAAAUGCAAAAGAGCUAAGGAGUGGGCAGUCUUGUUUCACUGCCGGCUCCUUUCCCUUCCAUUGCACUUCUCUUCUCUCUUUGCUGUUGCUGGACACAGCCCGUCAGCCCCCCUCUCUGGUCCCAGCGUCACAGUUGAAGAUUUUGACUAUGAUAGGCUCACACUCAUAAUGGCCUAUUGAGUUGUUUUUAGUGACAGCUGUUGUUUGCUACACACCUCAUUGGCUUGCUUACCAGCCUCUAGAUAUGGUCCCUUCUCUCACAUUCAAGCCAGAAUACAUUGGGGUAUUCCUGAGACUUGAAAGAGCGUGUAUUGUUUGUUAUAUGAACCUAACCUACCUUGUUGUUUUUCUCAUAUUAAGAAAUGUAAAUCUACUUUAUAUUAAUGGCGCUAUUUUGGUAAUGUAAAAGCAAUUUUGGUUCUGUUUAGGGAGUGGAUUCAAGGUUUCCAUGACUUCAUUUGAGCUUUACUGAUUUCCUAUUUUAACUUAUCUAAAUAAAACAUUUCCUUUCUCUCA